AUGGAUGGACCUAGGGAAGUUGGAAAAUAAGCAUAUUUUUUAAAAAGUGUAGUGUCCCUUUAAAUGAUAAGUUUGACCAUACAAUACAAUGCCCCCCCUUGGCGAUGGGCCUGAUCGACAUGUUGAUUGAUGUGGGAAUAUAAAACAAGCAAUUCUCCCAUUAUCAUCCUCUACAUUUAAUGUUUUGGACAAUUUCUUCUCUCGGGUGUUAGAGAAAUAUAUGCACACUGUGAAAAGAAUUUGGUGGGUUGAUUGUUGUCACAUUUAGUCAUUUACUGUGUAUUUAUAUUUAUGCUUCUUACAGAAUCAUGAUGUAAAAGAGAACUUGUGAUAGUUACAAGCAACUUAUUUUAGACCUUCUGAAUAUUGCGUGGCCUCAAGUCUUGUCAUGACAAGCAACAGAUUUUUCUUUAAAUGAGGAAGAUAAAAAAUAGAUGGAAUGAUGCAGAAAUGUUCUGUAUCCUGUAGAAUCAUAAACAGUCACUAAUAUUUCUGUAAGAUUUGAGUCACCCAGUUGAAUAUAUAUGUAUUUUUUAUAUGUGAACUUAGAAAGAAAAGUCCCGCUCUGAAGAUCCCCUUUAGCGUUUUAGUAGAAGCAGAGAAGCAGACAAGAGGAAGUAUCGAGAUAUUGGAUGUGUCAGAUAAACUUCUCUGUUGCAGACAAUAAAACAACUGAACACAGAAGACUACAAUAAAGCAAGAAUGUUUGCUCUUUUCUCUCUAAUCUGUCUGCUUGUGAUCCCAGGAAUGUGUAGCCAAAACUGGACGGUAAAAUAUAUAAACAGAGUAAAAUGUGCCCUGAAGGGCUCAACCACACUUCUGUUCAGCAAUUUCACAUAUCCUGAUGGUCACAAUAUAACCAAGAUAUUUUGGACCAUAGAUCCAGUAAACGUUGAGGAGACGCCCGAUCUGUCUGAAGAUCCAGAAUAUAAAGGCAGAGUUAAGUACAUUCUGGAUAAGAAACAAAACUUCAUUCUCAAACUGAGUAAUAUAACAGAUGAGGAUGAACAUAAGUACUACAUGAAAAUUGUGACAAAUGUAGAAAAUGAAAAAUAUUUGGGUCGUCCUGGAAUUAAGCUGAAAGUGACAGAGCUCAGGGUUGAGGUUUACAAUGAGGGAAAUUCUACAGUUUUAUUUUGUAAAACCACAUGCAACCUCACAAUCAGCACAAACUUUACCUGGUAUAAAAACAAAAGUCCUUUAUCAGAAUCAUUCAGUAGUAAUAAACUGAUACUGCAGUCUGUGAGCAGAGAUGAUGAAGGAAACUACAGCUGUGCCGUGAGAGGAGAUGAACAUCUGAAAUCUCCAGCUGUCACACUGAUGAUUCUUACAGGAAACAACCUGCAGGUGGCUGUGAGUAAAGUUCCAGCGGGAGUCAACUUCACAUCUGUAUCUGUGAUACUAUUGGUUGUUAUAGGGAUCUGUAUCAGAAGGAAAAGAGCGACAUCAGACGUUCAAAACAACACAAAUCUACAGCACCACAGAACGGUGAGAGAUUCUCCUGCUGUAUGUUCUCAUUUGUCUCAGAUGGAGUCUUCUGAGGGGAUUUACAUGACCCUUGACCCCAAGACCAUGAGUGCUGAUUAUGACACACUGAAUAAUGUGAGGAAACCCACGAAUAACAGAUAAACCAAGAAGCACACAGUUCUGCCAUCAAUAACAGCUGGAGAGGACAGAAGAUAUAAUGCCUACAUUAAACACUGGAUGUUUGUUUUUAGCGAAUAGUAAAGUGGUUUAUAGUUAAGGCCUUGUAACAGCAAGUGCUAGCAGCAACUUGGUGCAAUUCAGAUUCAUAUCAGCUACUCUAGAAAUAAAAUACUGUGACUGAUAAAAAAAAGGUGUCAGGUCUGAGGUGCUGAAUAUUAUUAACUCAACAGUAGAGUAACUGUAUUUAAAAAAAUAAAUAAAAGCAUAAAGAUAUUUAUUAACAAAUCUUAUUUUAACUUGUCAUUUAAGUAUUUUGUUUAUUUCGGCAGGUGUUUAUUUAUUUGGCAUAAACAAACAUAAGAUGUUUUUAAAGAUUGUUCUCUUGUUGAUAUAAUGUAAAAAACUCUCAAUGGGAAGUCAAAAUGAUGAUCAUAUUUUUUAUUUUUUUCUCUAAUAAAGCAUAUUGCUGAAUAUGAUCUAAAUAGCUGUAGUUUCCUCUAUACAUGUUAAUUAUCGGUAUGAUAUGAAAUUAUAUAAUGGUGUUAACUG